AUGGAUCAAUCAGAACAUGAAGCUAAGGAAAUGCUAAAGCCAUAUUUAACUUAGUUGGUUUAAUUAGAGGAAGCAGAUAGAUUGAAGUAAGCACAGAUAACUGCAUUACGUUUAGCAAUUGAAUAAUUGAAAUAAUAAGCAUUAGAUCAUCAAAGGAAGUAUGAAGAAGAGUAAAAGAAAGAUGGAAAAAAGAAGGGACCUGUAAAGAAAUGA